AUGACCUUGAAAGGUAAAAAAGAAACAACUAAUCAGAUUCGAUACAGCAUAAAAGGCGCUCCCGUCCAACACAUAGCAUUUCUAAAGGUGCACAAAGCAGCAAGUACCUCCAUCCAGAACAUCUUUCUACGUUACGGACACGAACAUAAUCUGGUGUUUGCUCUUCCGAAGGGUAAAGAUCCCGCUGGUGUGCAGUCAUUAACACCACAUGCCAUCUUCCCUAUACCUACAAAUAGGACUAUUGACAUUUUCUGUGCACAUGUACGAUUUAAUAGAAAUGACUUCAUAAGAAUGCUUCCGAAAGAUACUGUGUAUAUUGGAAUAGUAAGAGAGCCGUUCAGCCAAUUCAAAUCAAAUAUACAGUUUCUACGUGAAAAACAAUGGAUUCAAAUACCAAAUAAAAAAAUCUCAGUUUCUGAAUAUUUAUCUCGUAACGAAAAAUACGUAAAAUCUAGAGGGCGGGUCCGAAGGCCUGUGACGUACAAUGCCAUGGCGCAUGAUUUUGGCUUUCCUUUUGAUUUGUUCUGGAAGACGGAUUACAACGCCAUACAGGACCAUUUACUUCGUCUGAAUGAGGAAUUUGAUAUCGUCCUAGUGCUGGAAUACCUGGACGAAUCUAUAGUGUUAAUGCGACGGCUCCUAAACUGGGAUCUUAAGUACGUUUUAUAUGGUAAACUUAAUGUCUUGAAAAACCCAGAUAAGGACUUGAAUUUUGGACCAAAUGAAGAAAAACUGUAUCAGAAUUGGGCAAAACUAGACUACGCUCUUUAUUACUUUUUCCUUCAAAAAUAUAAAGAACGUCUAAGAGCCCAAUCUCCCGAUUUUUUCGAAGAGGUGGCUUAUUUCAGAGAAACUCGGUUUAGGUAUGACCACUUCUGUACCAAUUUAAUAGCGAGUAAAAAUGACGAAAAUGUUAUGUUAUUUGAAGGGAGUCGUUGGAAUAGACCAUUUGUUGUUACCAAAGAAGACUGUGGAAAAUUGUAUAUUCAUGACGUUGACUUUCUGGAAAUACUGAAAAGAAAACACUUGAAAUUAGCAAAUAUUUAG